AUGUCCUCCAAGAACGCCCACGGCGACAUGUGCAUGGACUGGCCCUCCAACCACAAGGACGCCGCCGCCAUCCUUGGCAGCUUCCUGGACCAGCAGCGCCUGCGCCACCUGCCGCUCUACGCCCUGGGCGUGUCGGUGGGCGGCGGCUUUGUCGCUAAGCUGGCAGCGCACAUCAAGAUGGAUGGUGUUGUGUCGGAGGUGCUGGGCCCUAAGCCUGUCCAGUGGGACCUGGACGUAUACCAGUAUGGCCUGCCUCCCAUCGUGUUUGUGUCGAUGGAUCAGGACCCUCCCAUGGCGGCCCGCAUCAGCGCCUGCUCCGCGCGCCUGCGCCAGCGGGGCGGCCUCACCGCCACCGUGCGCGUCGCCCCGCGCGUCGUCUACCCAACCUUUUUCUCCGACAGAAGCUCCCGCCUGUCUCCCGAGGUCAGCGCCAAGGUGGUGGCGGCGCUGCACGAGAUCGACAUGCUGGAUGAGAGGGGCAUGGUCACUGUGGACCCAAGGCACACCAGGCGGCCGUGGGUCAAGCAGCUAGUGGAGCUCGUGCCGGAGCUGAAUGGCGGCAUGAUGGCAGACCACAGUCAGGUGUGGGAGGAGAUGAACCUGGCCUGGAGCUCCCACGAAAUCAUCUCCGACUUUGCCACGCCCGCCUUUGUGUGGUUUGAGGGCGGGGCCACCGCCGACUUUGCAGAGCUUGUCGAGCGGUAUGCGGCCCCCGGGCACAUGGGGGUGGUGGGAGACGCCGCAGACGCCAUCCCGCCACCCGCUGCCCCGAUCGAGGCAGCGGCAGCGGCCUCCAUGCCGUCAGCGGUGCAGCAUGUGUACGAGGCGCACGAGGCGAGGGUGGAGGCUGCCGAGGCCCAGGCAGCAGCAGCAGCAGCAGCAGCCCGGGUCCACCUGCCAGCGGGGAUCCAGAAAGAGCAAAGUGCGGUGGUGGCGGCGGCAGCAGGCAUCCAGCGUGGCAGUGGCGACCCGACGCAGCAAGCCUCUGCGGUGCGCGAGCUCGGGGCAAACGGGCAGCAGCGGCCGCAGCUGCGGCCAGGCCUGGCCCAGCAGCAGCAGCAGCAGCAGCAGCAGCCAGCGGGCACGCUCGUGCUGCCCGAUCAGCAGGCGGCGGGGCAGCGCGAGCAGGCCAGCAGUGGCAUCUCUGCUGCCUCUGUUGCAGCCGGGCAGCCUCUGGCGGCGGCCAGCUCGGCGGCAGCCGCCACCAUGCAGCAGGGACAGGAGGCAGAUGCAGGAGAGGCUUCCCCAGAGGCGGGCGCAGCCGGCGGCCCCAGCCCAGCGGCGAUCCUGGGAGGCGUCGGCGGGGCGGCGGCGGGGGUGGCGCUGCUGCUCGGCAUCUAUCAGCUGGCGCGGCGCACGGACGGGUUCCAAGCGCUUCCCGUCACGGAGCCGCGGGCCCCCGGCGGCUGCCUGCUGGCGCCGGCUGAGCCGCUGCCACUCUCCACCCGCCUGCCACCCAUCCCUGAGCUUCCCGAGUCUCCCGCCGCUUUGGCUUAG